CCGUCGUAUCGUGCUUGUGUUCCAACCUGAUUUUGCUCUACAUCAGCUGUAUAAUCUUUCUUCGUAUCAGUUCAUGUCUUUGUUUCAACAUCUGGCACGACUUCAUGAUUAGAAUUUCCCUCGCCAGAUGCUUUGAUAUCAUGUAGUAAUAUGGCAUCUGAAAUUAGAAGGAACAACGUUGGACAAAACCGGAAACAAAAGAAAGAGCCCAAUCAAGGCUAUGAUGCAGAGUUUAUUCCCGAGCUAGAAAAGAAAUAUACCUGUCCAGUAUGUCUAGUGGCUAUGAGGGAUCCUGUUCAAACCAAAUGUGGGCAUAGAUUUUGUAAGCCCUGUAUGAAAGGAGUCUGUGGGAACAAAAGAUAUGUAAAAUGUCCAGUUGAUAACACGUGGUUCGAUAGUAUUGGUGACGUGUUUGAUGAUAUUGCUACAAGAAGAGAAGUAUUGUCACUAUUAGUGUUGUGCAAUUAUCAACCAAAUGGAUGUGAAUGGAAAGGUGAACUAAGAGAAUUGCAGGAACACAAUUCAAUUUGUCCGUUUGAGAAGUUGACCUGCCCAAACAGUUGCAGUGAACAAUUCUUUAGAAAGUGUAGAGAGAACCAUUUAGAAGAAUGCCCGAGACGACAGGUAGAUUGUAAACACUGUGGAGACAAAAUGAUAUUCAAUGAUUUGAUGAGACACGAGUUAUUACUGUGCUCAAAGUUCCCAGUCAGCUGUGCACUAUGUGGUCAGCAUGGAAUAAUAAGAGAAGAGAUUCCUCAACACGUCGACAUUACUGGAGGUGAUUGUCCAAACACGAUGAUUCCCUGUACAUUUCAACAUUUAGGAUGCCAAAUUACUGUGAGAAGGUGCGAGAUGAACAUCCAUUGUCAAGAAGCUUCAAGUCAUCACUUAAUGUUAUUAUCAAAUACAGUACUGAGCCAGAAAUCACAACUAGAUAACGCCAAAAGAGAACUCAAUGAAACUAAGAUGAAAUAUAAUGAUUUAUCAAAUAAAUACAAAGCAAUUAAAAAAGAGCUGUUGGACAAAGACUGUAUUAUGAAUGCGCAAACUGAAAAAUUGGACUUCCUCGAAAACACGAACUUGAAUGGAAGGUUGCUUUGGAAGAUGGAAUUAGCUGAAAAAGAUGGCGGCGGCCAUUUAAUCAGCCCAUCUUUCUAUACUGGUUGUCCGGGAUACAAACUUAGUAUACAGGUUGAACUAAGUGCUUACGUGGGACGAAAUGAAACUUAUUCGUCGUUAUUUGUAGUUCUUGAGAAAGGACGAUACGAUGAAAAAGUGCAGUUUCCAUUCAGCGCAACAUGUAGGGUUACAGUGUACGACCAAGAUGGCUGCCAAAAUACAUCAAAGAAAGAUUUCACAACCGAUAUCCUCUGUAGUGAGGUUGCCAUGGCACCUGAUAAUGGGUGUAAUGAAAACCAAAAAAGAGGAAGAUUAAUGUUCAUGAUGACCAGUAAACUGACCAGUGGCCAGUAUGCACGUGAUGGAAAUGUAUAUAUGAAUAUAGAAGUCCUUCCGGCUUCUCGUACUAUAACUAGAUUAUGAAUACUGUAAAAUGACUAAUUUUCACUGGGUUUAAAUUUCACGGAUUUACCAUUUCAGGCAUAUUCAGCGAGUUUUAAAUUCACUGUUUUAUCAUUUAGGUAAUGUGUUCUAUGCUAAAUUUUACAUAUUCACUGGGUUUUAAUUUAGCGCAUUUUCCAGUCGGCGAAAUAAGCAAAAUUAAAACCCAGUGAAUAAUUAACCCCUUUGCGGUAACUGAUGAGUCGAAAUAUUUUUAUGUAAUAUGUUAAUAUUUUUAAGCUUUAUUUUUAAUUAAUCGUUUGAGAAAUAUUUAUUUCAUAUUGUACGUUGCCAUAUUCAACUGGUCGUAAUUUCAGAGCACAUGUUAUAUUAUGUCAUCUUUGAAAACUAAUAUUAUAUUACUGCUCGAGUCUUUCCAAACUGUAAAGAAAUAUUUACGAAAUGUUUGUUUAUUCAUUGUCGUAUUUAUAUCUUUCAUCAUUAACCUUGUAAUGUGCAUAUUAUUAACUAAUAUUUUAAUAAAAUUAAUUUUUUUA